AUGUAUCGACAAGUUCUCGUGCGUCCAGAAGAGCGGAAAUAUCAACGAAUUGUGUGGCGCGAUGAUGAUGACCCCGUGAGAACUUAUCACCUCCACACGGUAACCUUCGGAUUAUCGGCAGCACCUUACCUCGCAAUCAGAUGUCUUCAUCAAUUGGCAGAUGACGAACAACAUCAAUACCCUACGGGAGCUGUAAUCCUGAAGAGAAAUGUAUACGUAGAUGAUCUUCUUACAGGAGCACAAACUCGUCAAGAAGCUAUCACUAUUCAAAGUGAACUUGAAAAUUUAAUGAAACUGGGCUGUUUCAAUCUUCGACAGUGGGCAUCCAACGAUCCCACACUACUUCAAGGUGUUGCCUCCAAGGACAUCAACAAGCGUCUACAACUGGAAGAUUCGACAAUGCUGAAGACAUUAGGGAUUACUUGGGAUUCAGUGGCAGAUAAAAUAAAAUACUUCGUGAAAACUUCAAAUAUCGUUCAACUCACCAAACGAGCGCUUUUAUCAGAAACUGCUAAAUUAUUCAACCCAUUGGGCCUACUAUCUCCCGCCAUCAUUGUUGCCAAAGCAUUCAUUCAAAAACUGUGGAUUUUGAAGGUAGAUUGGGAUGCUACCUUACAUCCAGACUUACAGAAGGAAUGGCUUCAACUCUACCAGAAGUUAUGGAGCAAGCUACAUUUCCACGGGGAGUAUUGGUACCAGGCGCCACCAAUGUCCAACUUCCUGGUUUUUACUCCAGAUAAACUUCAAGUAUUCGUCAGCAACAGGGUAGGAGAGAUCCAGCAGAAAACCAACAUUCAGAAUUGGAGACACGUGAGAACCCAUGACAAUCCAGCGGACCUUGUAUCACGUGGGAAAACUCCUUCUGAAUUUGUAAAACCGUCUCUUUGGAUUUGUGGCCCAUCAUGGCUUGAAGGAGACGAGAAUGGAUGGCCCAAUCUACACCUGGAGUACUCAUCACAAGUACCUGACUUACGAAAAUCACAAACUUCCUUGGAAACCUGCUUAGCUUCAACGACCGAUGACAAGGCCUUGAACAUGGGGUCAUCAUCAAUCACUAAAUUACAACGUGUUAUUGCCCAGUGUUUAAGGUUCAAGACUUGUCGUAGGGGUCCACCAACCCUUGAUGAACUUGGAGUUGCUCUUCAGGCUAUUGUACAUUGGGUACAAGUGGAAAACUUCGUAGCAGUCAUCAAGGAACUCCAGCAUCCUCAACAUGCUAAACAUAAAUCUUCAGAAUUGUCUAAAUUUGCCAAAUUAUCUCCAUUGAUCGACAAAGAUAGACUUCUGCGAGUGGGCGGUCGUUUGACGAAUGCUCAUAAUUCAUACCCUCAACGUCAUCGCUUCAUCCUUUCAGAAAGACAUCCAGUAACCGAUCACAUCAUCAGGAACGAACACACACUCCAACUACAUGCUGGAGCUCAAGCCACACUAUACACUGUUCGUCGCCGGGUUUGGAUACUAAAUGGAUGUCAUCCAGUUCGACGCAUCGUUCGUGCUUGCGUCAAAUGCAUCAGACACAAACAGCCACCAGUAGAUUACACCAUGGAAAAGAAAGUACGCAACAGAGGUCGUGUAAAGGUUUACGUGUCUGUUUUCGUAUGCAUCGCCAUUAAGGCAGUGCACUUGGAGAUCGUCAGGGAUCUCACCACUAAAGGGUUUCGGGCUGCCUUACGACGAUUCAUUGCUCGGCGGCGAGUCUACAGCAACAUCUAUUCUGACAAUGGCACAAAUUUUAUCGGUGCCAAUAGUGAGCCGAAGGCGAUCCAUGAGUUCCUGAAGAAUGAAGAUCAUCGGAAAAAAAUUCUUCAUUUUGCUACGUCAAAGGAAAUUCGAUGGUACUUCAUCCCAGCACAAUCUCCAAACUUCGGUGGACUUUGGGAAGCAGCGGUCAAAUCCUUCAAACAUCACCUGAGGAGGAUUGUGACCAAUGAGUUACUCACCCACUUCUUGAUUGAUGAUUCUCUGACAAAUCUCAGAGGCCCAGACUUUCGGGAGACUCCUAGCAAUCGACUCUCAACCUGCCAACACAUCCAGAAGUUGAAGCAGGACUUCUGGACUCGCUGGCAUCGAGAGUACAUCAGCGGGCUCAAUGUCAAAUCCAGAUGGACACAUGGCGAGCACCCAAUCAAGGAGGGUACUCUGGUCAUCAUCACAGAAGACCACCUACCACCAAUACAGUGGGCAUUGGGUAGGCUCAUCAAGACUCACGCUGGUACUGAUGGCUUCAUCCGAGCAGUUACCGUGAAAACUGCCAAGGGUACCUACGACCGCAACAUGAGAAAGCUGGCUCCUCUACCCAACACCGAUGAUUCAACAUGUUGA